AUGAAAAGCACCAAUAAACUCGCACUCGUACUUGCGAUAAGUACCGCGUUUUUUGUUGCAGAAAUAUCAGUGGGCUUCAGAACGAGCAGUAUCGCGCUGAUUGCGGAUGCGUUUCACUAUCUGAACGUAGCAUUUUUAGCGGCGUAUGUUCAAGAUCGAGGGCACGCGAUAGAAGGCUUUACAUACGCUUUCCAUCGAGCUGAACUUGUCGGUUCUUUCUUCAAUGGAGUGUUCCUUCUUGCUCUUGCCCUUUCGAUUUUUCUACAAUCUUUGGAGAGAUUCAUCACGAUUGAGCAAGUAAAAGACCCGAAAGAUAUCCUCAUCGUCGGAUGUGUUGGUCUUGCACUCAACAUUCUCAGCGUUUUACUUGUGCACGAUCACGGUUCUCACAAUCACGGCCACUCAGAUGGACAAAGUGGAAUUCCACAUGCAAUCGAGAUGUCGGAUGAGAUAAUGCUAGCCCAUGCCGGGCAUAACCAUACGAACACUCGGAAGCUUUCAAAAAACCAUUCACAUAAUUUCGGGAUGCUCGCCGUUCUUAUUCACCUCUGUGGUGACGCUAUAAACAAUAUUGGCGUUGUCAGUGCGGCUAUACUGAUAUUGAAGCUCACUUCACCCAAUCGGUUCUAUGCUGACCCUGCCGCCUCCAUGCUCAUAAGCUUCAUCAUAUUUGGAACAGCCAUCCCUCUCACUAUACGUACGGGUCGAAUUCUACUAGAAGCUGCACCGAUUGGCUUGGACUUGCAGAAAGUCACAGACGAUCUCAGUGGAAUCCCGAACGUGGUGUCGAUACAUGACCUCCAUGUCUGGCAUUUAUCGCAAACCGAAAUCCUCGCUUCUUUACAUGUCUGUGUACCGUCAGGAACGAGUUUUGAGGAAUGGGGAAAAACGGAACAGAUUAUACAUCAUUGCUUCUCCGAGUAUGGAGUCGCACACGCCACCAUUUCUCCAGAGGUGCAUCCGCAAGGAAUGGAUAGCCAGACACAGACAAUGGUGGGUGGAUCCGGUGACGAGCUAUUAGGGACAUGCAAGGUACCUUCAAAGGAUGGUUUUGGUUGUAUUUUUGGAGAUAAUCACGCAAAUGGAAUGCGGAGGAGAAAUAUCGACCAUAGUCAUGGUCAUGCUUGA